AAUGAGAGCUCAUCCAAUGCUGGUGAUUCCAUACUUUUUGCCAGGGCUUGUAAAUGCCCAAUCAGCUCUCAACCUACUUUUUGACUUCGUGACCACCAACAGUAACUGAUCUGGCCUGAGAGAGUGUGAGGAAAUGUAAGGCCUGAGACAUUUACAAACACACCAGAAACAUUCAAUUCAAUUCAAUUCAAAAACAAACUGGAAAGCAAUGUAGUGAUGUUAAAAUAGGCAUAAUGUGCUCUUGUAACCAGCUGAAGUCAAAUAACAGCUGGCUCAGCCUGAGAUAAAGUACCUUGCAGUAAUUUAGGUGAAGAAAAUAGCAUGAAUUAAAUUCUCUGUGAUGUUGUGAAAUGAAUGAUUUGAUUUGGCUGUCUCACAUAAUAAAAGCUGGACUUUAUUUAUUUAAUCUUAACAUCAACAUUUAGCUCGUUGUUCAGUUUCAAACCCAGUUUGUCGCUGUCUGAAUCAGAUAUUGUGUUCAAGGAUCCAGAUCAACACAGACUUUAGAAGCAUUCCUGGACCUGAACAACAGUAAAUUGUCAAGUGUAAAAAGUUCAUUGACAUCCAAGCCUUGAUCUCUGCAAUGCAUUUCAGGAGCUGGAUUGCAAUUGUUUUUCUUGUUUUAAUGGCAAUGUAGACUGUUAUCAGCAAAAAAUGGAAAGUGAUACCAUUGCAGAAAUUAGACCUAAGAGGAAGUAAGGAAAAGAGAAGAGAGCCAAAUAUAGAAUCUUGAGGCACACCACAUGUAAGAGGUCCUAAAGAGGAUUCAACAACUCAAACUCAAACCCAAAAGCUCCUCUCUGUUGAAUAUGAUCUAAACGAGGGAUUCCCAAACUUUUCCAUGCCUUGAGUUGCCGGACUGAAUCUUGGCCCGGGACCUUUCUGGCUAGAGUGCGCAUAUUCUUUCUGUGCAUGUGUGGGUUUUCUCCCACAGACCAAAAACGUGAGUGUUAGGCUAAAUGGAAACUCUAAAAUGUCCCCAGGUGAGAAAAUGAAUGGUGGUUUGUCCCUAUGUUGGAUCUGUGCACCAGUGACUCUGAAAGGAACAAGUAGUUGUUAAUGGAUGAAUGGUUUUUCUACUUCUUACCUGUGUUAAAAAGGCAAGGAGUAGAAAGUACAAAUAAUUGUGUGAAAAUAGAAGGAGUUGCUGGAUGUCCAGCCCCUAAGCUGUUGGCCUGCAGUAUAACUGUGGCCCCCAGAGCAGUUUAGUUGAAUAGCCCUGACUCAGGAGCUUAAUCCAAGACCAGUUUGACGAUGAAUAACAAAAGUCAUUUGAAAUAUACUAAGUCAAGUGAAGUACAGAUAACCAUAAUUUCCACUUAAGUACAGUAUCAAAGUAUUUUUAUUUCGUUACUUUACACCAGCUGUCAUAAUCCUUGAUAUGUUGUAAUUUUUAUGCAGAAACUCUUGUAAUUCUACUUUAAUGUAAUCCUUAUAUUGAAAACACAGGCGGACUGGCUUUGGUGUAUUGAGAUGGUGAUGUAUCCAAAUUUGUAAUUGUGUUCUGGAUGUCCCAGAUUUUGAACUGACUACAUCAGUCUAGCAUGCAAAACAUAUCCUUGUGUUAUGUUUGGGUAAAGAAAAAGUGUUGUUAUUCAAAUUUUGGCAUUCUGUUCAAUCUAAGACUGCAGUGUAUUCAGAAAUUUUACUGUGUCACCCAUCUAUGCACCUGCCUGGCCAAUCCAGGAAAAAUCUUGGGCCCCACUUUGAAAAACACUGAUCUUAACCACUGUAGAGCACUUUGAAUGCCCUCCCAGUUAUCCAGGAACAGGAGGAUCUGUUAAGUCCAACAGCUUCAAAACAACACAUUGACAGGGUCCAUGGCUAGCAGAACAUCAUUAACAAUCUUAAAAAGCUGCUGAGUCAGCUAGGUUUGAGUUGUAGUUGAGUGACAGUAGUCAAUCCAAGACCUUGGACUGGAUUGGUUGCUCUGAAAUUGGCCUAAAAAUUAAGUACAGUGAAGUCCAGGUCAGUUUUUAAUGGUGUCACAGUUCAUUGUUUCAUGUUUAAAACUUGUAGUAUUGAUCAGGGCCAUCUUCACACAGACAGGACAUGAGUCAUUAUCCAUCCGAAGAGCCUGAGAUACCAGCCAAAAAUUGUGAUGAUUUACCCUACACCCAUGGAGGCAGGGAAAUGAGAAGCUGAUUGCCCUUCAUCCCAGGCCGACCACAGGGACCAGUGAAAAGCCAGAGAAUGCCGAGACAAGAAACAACAAUAUUCCGACCCAGUACCUCCAGAUAGAGUCGUCAGGGGGCAGUUUUACUUACGAGACAUCCCAACUUAUUCAGACUGUAUGAGCAAAUUAGCAUAUAACUUCUAUACCAUAACUUGAAUGAGUUUGCAAAACUUCUGGAGAACUGAAAUAGAGUUGCAUAAUGUUAAACUAAAACAUCACAACUUUACAAAUAACUUUUAUUUUUUUUUGUAGGAGCCAGUGAUGGCUACCUGCUGUACACACGUCAAUUGAGAGACUUCUCCAGACGAUGUAGUUGUUGAAAAUCUGUGUGACCUCACAUGGCUGACAACGCUGUAGUGUCAAUCCUUGGCUUCAUCAACAUCACUGGAAGCUCCACAGGCAGCAACACCACAUCUCCCAGUGCUCAGAUGGCCCACGUUAUCAGCUGGUUAACAUUCUGCAUCGGGCUGCCCGCCAUUGGACUGGCUAUGUACACCCUCAAAAAUCUCUCUAAAGGAGAUGGUAAAAUCCCCAUGCACGUCAUGUUCCUGCUUGUGAGUGACGUCAUCAGUUUCUUUGGCCGUCCCAGUGUGGAUCAGAACACAGAAAACUACACAGUCUUCUCGUCCAGUGGCACCGAUAUCAUCUUUUAUUUUGGCAUCGUGUCCAACAUUACCCUCAUGCUGUUCAUAGCUCAGGAGCGCCAUCUUCUGGUGGCGUACCCACAGUGUCUCGCCUGCUUCACCAGUGUCAGACAGUCGCCUGCAGUGACCCUGCUGGCAUGGGCUGCUCCGUUCGGCCUGGUCACCCUCGCCGUGCUGCGUUACGAACUCUGGUUUUCCGCAGCUUUGCUCGCUCCUUUCCCCUUUCUCCUCUUUUUUGCCGUGGACGCUUGGAGGGCCCUCCACUGCUCCCAAUCCAACCCUCCAAGCCCAGAAAGGAGGAGGACGGUGUGGGGGAUCGGUGCUAUCUGGGCCAACUACACUUUCCUCUAUGCUCCCUUUAUCCUCAGUCUGCUCUUGGAAGCGCUGUCCUUUAAAGAAGAGGUGCGCUACCUGGGACUAGUGUCUCAUAUGCUGCUCUACCUCAGUCCUCUGGUGGAUCCCUUUCUAUAUCUAUUCAUGACCAAGGGGCCUAAAGAGGUGCUGCGAGCUUUACCCUGCUGUCAAAAGUUAAGAAAGAAAGGGUCCAUGAGACCCACUGUGAAUACUGUAGCUGAAACUGUAGAAACAAAAUUGUGAAGACAUCAUUAACCACAAUGAUCUGUCCCUAAUAUAUUUUCUCUUAUUAUGACAAUUUUAGGUUUUUAGAACAUUUUUAAUUUUGUUUCAAAACUGACACAGCCAUAGUACAAAAGACAGACCUUAUCAGACAAGUUUUUAAUUGUCCAAACCUUAUCAACAAAGUCUGUUUUUAUGAAUUCACACCAGUAAAAUUUAACACACAAUGACCAUCUUUAUUGUUCAUAUAAUGAUGAAGACAUGUUUGGCAAAAAAAGAUGUAUUCAGGCUUCAAGAGUGUCACAAAAAUAUGCUCCUCUCCGUCCUGACUGGACUGAAGUGAAUAUAGAUAAAACCAGAAGUUUACAUACACUAUAUAAAACGACAUAUGCAUUUUUUCCACACUGUCUGAAGAGAAAUCAGAAUCGGAAUACAUUUUUCUGUUUUAUGUCAUUUAGGAUUACCAAAAGGUUUCUAUUGGCUGCCAGAAUAAUGACAAAGCUAAUUUUUAAGGCAAUUUUUAAUACUUUCUUCAAAGUCAAAAGUUUAAAUACACUGCUAUGUUUUAGUGAAAUUCCAGAAGAAACGUCUUUGACAGUAAGUAAGUAAGCAAGUAAGUAAGUAAACUUUAUUUCUAUAGCACCUUUCACAGACACAAACAUC